AUUUAAUUAUGCACAACGGUCAUGAUAUGUUUGUAAAUGAAGAUGGGGAUGUCAGUUUUGACUCUGAUAUUAUCCCCAAUUUUAAGGGUCAGAAUGCCUUCUCCUUCUCACAUCCUCUCUCGAGAGACUCUUCCAGUGAGAAAUCUAACUCUGAUCUGAAUGGAUAUUGUAAACCAGAGCCGUAUUCUUCGGAAGUGAGUUGAGAUACCAGCAACAGCAUCCGAGAAAAGAUAAGGAUAUUGCAAAGAAAUAGCCGCUCUGAGAGCACUGAUGGAGUUGACCACUCGAAAGUGCUGAUUUCGAGCCUUAAUUCUAGCUUCUCUAAUUUCCAAAACACUGUUCCCUUAGGAGAAUCUAGGGAGCAAGAAGGAGUAGAACUUUCUCAAGAGGAAAAGUCCCAAAAUAUCUCAGAGUCUGUGAGAAUUUCAAACAACACUACAAGGGAGAUUAAGUUUAAUAUGGCCUGCACUUGUUGUGAAAAGUGCCUCUCAGAAAAAGAGAAAUAUAAUUUAAGACAUCGAGAAACUUCUAAGGCACAAAACCAGAGAUUACCAAGUAAGACUCCAAUGAAAAAUAAGGGAAAGAUGAAGAUAAACCUGUCAAAAUAUCUUAAGACCAGUGAUAUUUAAGCAGAAGACCAAGAAGGUAAACUCAAAAAGCUAUAGCAUGAGUAUUCCUAAAUAUGGGCCCCAUUGCACUCCUCAAAAUAACUCUGGGUUUCAAUUUUCUGUAGAUAAUGGCUCUAAUAAAAAGUAUCGUUAUGAACCAACUAUUACAAAGCAGAAUAGUUUUGCAUGCGAAACUUAUAGAGAAGGGCCUAAACCUUCUCGCCUUGGCAAUAUGAGGGCUCAAAGGGUCCCAAUGUCGCCAUAUUCAGGAAUCAGCAACCUUCAAGAGCAAAUGAGACAGAAAUAAAAUUAUCAAUAUGAUAAUCAACAACAGCGAAAGUCCUUGGACAACCACCCCUAGUACCAAAUCUGCGAAGAAAAGGAAUUAUAGUACAUUUGAUGGGAGGCAACUUCAGCCUACUAUAUUUCACCAGAGCCCUUGUAGUUAAUAGUUUUUAUUCUGAUAAUUUUCAAUAC